UCCAUAUCUCCUCUCUUUUUCUCUGCUCUCUUCUUUUCUCUUCUCAUUCUUCUCUCGAGCUUCAUAUUCUAUCUCUUCAAUGGUGAACAUCUCUCCAUUAUCAUCCCCCCUCUGAACCCCCAUCCCCACAUCCAUCUUCGUACCACUUAACAGAUACUAGAUAUUUAUAGCUUAGCUGUUCGUUCUGUUGGAGCUCUUUUAUUCAGAGCUUUAAUGGCGGAUUGAAGACCCUUUUGAUUGUCUGUGUCAAGAGUUUUCAGCUUAAUCUUCUGAAUCUUCUGCUCACUCUCUGCUCAUUUGGUUGAGGAAAGGUUGAAAAUGGCCCCUAAGAGUGGACGUGGAAAGCAAAGGGGAGACAAGAAGAAAAAAGAAGAGAAAGUUCUUCCUGUCGUCAUGGAUGUCACCGUCAACCUCCCCGAUGAAACUUCCGUCAUUCUAAAGGGAAUAUCAACGGACAGGAUAAUAGAUGUUCGUCGGCUCUUAUCCGUGAACACGAUAACUUGCAACAUCACCAAUUUUUCGUUAUCCCAUGAGGUGAGAGGGCCGGGAUUAAAGGACACCGUGGAUGUUGCAGCGCUGAAGCCAUGCGUUUUAACUUUAGUAGAAGAGGACUAUGACGAAGACACUGCAGCGGCGCACGUUCGAAGGGUUUUGGACAUUGUAGCCUGCACUACGUGCUUCGGUCCUUCACCGUCCGAUGCUGGCAAAAAUGCCCAGGGUGCGCAGGAUAAGAAUUCCGGCAAUAAAUCGAGCAAAGCUCUGGCGAAUGCCAAGCAAUCAUCGUCGUCGUCGCCGCCGCCUACGCCAUCGUCGGCCAAUGAAGGAGAGGGAGAGAUGAGCAAUUCCUGCCCUAAGCUUGGGAGCUUCUAUGAGUUCUUCUCUCUCUCGCACCUCACGCCUCCUCUGCAAUUUAUAAGGAGAGCAAGAAAAUGGCAUGAUGAUGAGAUUUUAGUGCAUGAUCAUCUUUUCUCGCUUGAAGUGAAGCUUUGCAAUGGAAAAUUGGUUCUUGUUGAAGUCUGCAGGAGAGGAUUUUAUAGCAUUGGAAAGCAGCGGAUUUUAUGUCACAACCUUGUUGAUCUGUUACGACAACUUAGUAGAGCCUUUGACAAUGCUUAUGAUGAUCUCAUGAAGGCAUUUUCAGAACGCAACAAGUUUGGAAAUCUCCCUUAUGGCUUCAGAGCCAACACUUGGCUUAUCCCCCCUGUUGCAGCACAGUUACCAGCAAUUUUCCCUCCUCUACCUGUGGAGGAUGAAACAUGGGGAGGAAGUGGAGGUGGUCAAGGAAGAGAUGGCAAAAGCGACUUGAUACCCUGGGCUAACGAGUUUUUGCUUCUUGCAUCUAUGCCUUGCAAGACAGCUGAGGAGAGGCAGAUUCGAGAUCGGAAAGCAUUCCUUCUUCACAGCCUGUUUGUAGAUGUUGCCAUUUUCAGAGCCAUUUCGGCUGUGCAGCAUGUAAUGGGAAAACUAGAUUUGACCCAUUCAUCUGUAAACAGUGAAAUUCUUUACAGUGAGAGAGUAGGGGACUUAACCAUUAUUGUCAUGAAAGAUGCUACAAAUGCAAGCUGUAAGGUGGAUACUAAAAUUGAUGGGAUUCAAGCGACUGGAGUGGGGCAACAGAAUCUAGCAGAAAGAAACCUACUGAAAGGGAUCACUGCUGAUGAAAAUACUGCUGCACAUGAUUUUGCCACUCUUGGUGUUGUCAAUGUCAGAUACUGUGGGUAUAUAGCUGUGGUUAAACUUGAAGGGAAAGAAAGUAGCAAAAUGGAUACUCAUUUUCAAAGCAUUGAACUUCUUGAUCAGCCUGAAGGUGGUGCCAAUGCCCUUAAUAUUAACAGUUUGAGAUUGCUUCUUCACCAAAGAACAGCUUCAGAAAACAACAAACUUGUACAGCAUUCACAAACACUUGAACACGAAGAGCUCAGUGCUGCUCAAGCUUUUGUGGAGGGACUGUUGGAAGAAAGUCUUGCUAAGCUUCAGGAAGAGGAAGUAGAAAAGCACAUUUUUGUGAGAUGGGAACUUGGAGCGUGCUGGAUACAGCAUUUGCAGGAUCAAAACAACACAGAGAAAGAUAAGAAACCAUCUACUGCAAAGACAAAAAAUGAGAUGAAGGUCGAGGGACUUGGUACUCCUCUUAGAUCUCUUAAGAACAAUAAGAAAAAUUCAGAUGGCAACAAUCUGAAAAUGCAGUCUGAGAAAUCAAAAACCCCUGCAGAGUGUGUUAUUGGGGAAGCUGAAAAUUCUACACUGUCCUCAACAAAACCUCAGCUUGAAGCUAAUGCAAAUGAAAAUGAACUUGCACUGAAGAGGAUGCUGUCUGAUGCAGCUUUUGCCCGGCUUAAACAAUCUGAAACUGGACUCCACCGAAAGUCUUUACAGGAACUAGUUGAUCUGUCCCAGAAAUAUUACAGUGAAGUUGCACUUCCGAAACUGGUUGCAGAUUUUGGUUCAUUGGAACUCUCACCAGUGGAUGGUCGGACGCUGACCGAUUUCAUGCAUACUAGAGGUCUUCGAAUGCGUUCUCUGGGACAUGUUGUUAAACUUUCAGAAAAGUUAUCACACGUGCAGUCACUUUGUAUUCAUGAGAUGAUAGUGCGAGCUUUUAAGCACAUUCUGCAGGCAGUAAUAGCUGCUGUUGUUAAUCCUGAGAAAUUGGCUAUGUCAAUAGCUGCUGCACUGAAUCUGAUGCUUGGGGUUCCUGGAAAUAGAGAAUUAAAUCAGUCAUGCAAUGCUCAUCCCCUUGUGUGGAGAUGGUUGGAGGUAUUCUUGAAGAAGCGAUAUGAAUGGGAUUUUAGCACAUUAAACUACAAAGAUGUGCGGAAAUUUGCAGUUCUACGGGGAUUAUGUCAUAAGGUGGGAAUUGAGCUAGUUCCAAGGGAUUUUGAUAUGGAUUCUCCAUACCCUUUCCAAAAACUUGACGUUAUUAGCUUGGCACCAGCGCAUAAGCAAGCAGCAUGCUCAUCUGCAGAUGGACGACAACUUCUAGAAUCAUCAAAAACAGCUCUAGAUAAGGGAAAACUUGAAGAUGCAGUCAGCUAUGGGACAAAGGCUCUGGCAAAGCUGGUCGCAGUUUGUGGUCCCUACCAUCGAAUGACAGCAGGAGCUUACAGCCUUCUUGCUGUAGUUUUGUAUCAUACAGGGGACUUCAAUCAGGCCACAAUUUAUCAACAAAAGGCGUUGGACAUCAAUGAGAGAGAACUAGGACUUGAUCAUCCAGACACAAUGAAGAGUUAUGGAGAUCUCGCUGUGUUCUAUUACAGACUUCAACACACAGAACUGGCUCUCAAAUAUGUAAAACGCGCGCUGUAUCUUCUGCAUCUCACUUGUGGCCCAUCUCAUCCAAACACUGCUGCGACAUAUAUCAAUGUGGCUAUGAUGGAGGAAGGCCUUGGACAUGUGCAUGUGGCCCUCAGAUAUCUUCAUAAAGCUCUGAAGUGCAACCAAAAGUUACUUGGUCCAGAUCAUAUUCAGACAGCAGCAAGUUACCAUGCAAUAGCAAUUGCUCUAUCAUUGAUGGAAGCAUACCCUUUGAGCGUUCAGCAUGAGCAAACAACCUUGCAAAUUCUCCGAGCAAAGCUGGGCCCUGAUGACCUGCGUACACAGGAUGCUGCUGCUUGGCUCGAGUACUUUGAGUCAAAGGCUUUUGAACAGCAAGAAGCUGCAAGAAAUGGGACUCGAAAACCUGAUGCAUCCAUAGCCAGCAAAGGCCACCUAAGUGUAUCAGAUUUGCUUGACUACAUCAAUCCUAGUCAAGAUGCCAAAGGAAGAGAUGCUGUGACAGUGAAAAGGAAAAGCUAUAUCGCAAAGGUUAAAGGGACAUCCUACCAAGAUUUCAGUUUAGCAAGUCCUGAGGAUUCUCCAAAAGAUACCCCAAAGGAAACUUCAGAUGAAGAAAAACAAAUACCUGAAUCUGGAGGAAGUGUAGAUACAAAUCAUGAAACCAGCUUUGCUUCAGUUCCUGCCGAACAGCCUGUUAUGGAUGAGGCUUCUGGGGACACGCCGAACAUUGGCAAUGAAACCUCAUCCGAAACGAAUGCUGAAGGAGAAGAUGGAUGGCAAUCAGUUCAAAGGCUGAGAUCAGCUGGUUCAUAUGGGCGGCGAAUAAGACAGCGAAGAACAACUAUCAGCAAGGUCUAUAGUUAUCAGAAAAAGGAUGUGGAUACUGAAUUGGACUAUAGUCAAGUUAAGAAUACUUAUCAGAAUAGUAGGUAUUACAUGCUAAAGAGACGUACAAUAUCUGCUGGCAGUACAGAUUACCACACCUCAGGCUCCUCCCCAGGUACUAAAUUUGGGCGCAGAAUAGUUAAAGCUGUUACAUACAGGGUGAAGUCUGUGCCAUCUACUAAAACAGCCACAAAAUUAGAAACUGGUACAAUUUCUGCACCAAAUGACAUGAGUCCAAUUUCACAGAAGAAAUCAGUAGUGAGUCUUGGAAAAUCUCUUUCAUACAAGGAAGUAGCGCUGGCCCCACCUGGUACUAUUGCUAAGAUGCAGGUGACAGUGUUCCAAAAUGAUAUUCCAGAUAACCGGCAACUUGAUGUUGGAAAACCAGAAGUGGAAACCAAUGAACCAAGUGAAAGUACAGACUCGAUGAUUACAGAGGCGGUAAAUAUCAAUGCAGAGGAGAAUAAGAUUUCUAUUUUACAUUCCAAAGAUUACUUAAAAGAUGAAGUUGAAGUUGUUGGAAAGAAAAAUGAAACUCAGUCAGGUGAUGCAAUCGGAAAUAUUCCUUCCGAGAUUGUUUCUAAGAGCGUGGAAGCUGUUGAAUCUCAUGGUGCUGAGGUUCAAGAGGUGGUACAGGGUGGUGUCAAAAUGGAUGGCAGGCCAAAUUCAACUGAUUCUCCUAAUGAGGAGCUAUCUGAGGACCCUAGCAGUUCUGAGGCCAAUGGAAAUUCUCCCUCUGCCUUGCAGGGAGUUGAAAAUUUAAAGGACAAACCAUCAGUUCUGAAUUUAGGUGAUACUCGAGAGUUGCCCAAUAAGAAGCUGUCUGCAUCAGCAGCUCCGUUCAAUCCAUCACCAGCCAUAGCACGUCCUCCACCAGUGGCCAUGAAUAUUACUCUCCCUUCUGGUCCCGGUGCCGUUCCAGCUGUUUCUGCUUGGCCAUUGAACAUGACUCUUCAUCCAGGGCCUGCUGCUGUCUUGCCUGCAGUUAAUCCAAUGUGCUCCUCUCCUCACCACCCAUACCCAUCACCUCCUCCAACCCCAAACAUGAUGCACCCAUUACCUUUUAUGUAUCCUCCUUAUACUCAACCCCAAGCAAUACCGGCCAGUAACUUUCCUGUGACUAGCGGCCCAUUUCAUCCCAAUCAUUUUGCUUGGCAAUGUAAUAUGAAUCCUAAUGCAUCAGAGUUUAUGCCUGGUACAGUUUGGCCAGGCUGCCAUCCAAUGGAGUUUUCUAUCAUUCCACCUGUUAUUGAGCCAAUUUCUGAUCCCAUUUUGGAGCCAAAAGUGCAAUCUGGUAAUUCUGAAGGUCUGAUUUCGGCUCCAAUCCUGCCCGAAGAGAUUAGCAAUGGGGGAGAAACUAUUAAGGAAGUGAAUCUUCUUGCAUCAGAGGCAAUGGGUGAUGCAAAUAUAAUACCUGUGGUUGGCUCAGAAAAUGGGAAGGAAAUUGCUCAUUCAGAUCCUUGUACGGUUGAAAGUUCUGGGAAGGAACAACUGGGUCACAGUAACAGCCCAAAUGAGUGUACUGGAAUCAGUAGUGAGAAGAAGAUUGACGGUGAGAAAACUUUCAGCAUUCUGAUACGAGGGAGAAGAAACCGAAAGCAGACUCUGAGAAUGCCGAUAAGUUUGCUCAAUCGACCAUAUGGCUCGCAAUCUUUCAAAGUUAUAUAUAACAGAGUUGUCAGAGGGAGUGAAGUUGCCAAGUCAAACAGCAUUUCUUUGAGGGAAGAGAGUGCAGCUGGUGCUGUGUAACCCGCAGAUUUGUUGUUCACAGACCUUAUGGUCGCAGGAUGGUUGAGAGAGAAAGAAGGUUGCAUUCCUCAUUUUGUCAAUAUACAAGUGGCAGGAUAAUCUUGGAAAAUUUCUUGUAUCAUGGUCACAACUUACCUAUCAGUGUUUUGAUUACACCAACUUCCUGGAAAAUGCAGAAUAUUUUGAUUUCUCAGGCUACUAUUCCAACAUUCAAAAACCAAUACUGCAGGUGCUUUUCAUUUUACUUCAUCUUGGGUCUAAAUAUAAACAAUCAUGCAGGAAAGGAGACCAUCUUUUUCACAUCAGGUUUAUAUAGGAAAUUUACUUUCUGGGAUUUGAAGAGGGGUCUUUUUAAGGUGAAAACAUUGAUUCUUAAUUUAGUUAGAAAAUUUUGGUUCACAGCAAUAAAAAAACUGAGGAUUAGUUUCUUUUUUCUUGGUUCCCACGGCGACUUUAAUAAUUAAUUUGAUUUAAUUGUAUAUGACUUCAAUUCCUUUUUGAUUGGGAUUGAUGAAUUGUCUUUGGUUACUAAUAAGAGGAAAGAAUUCAGUACUGCUUCUGCCGA